GAAAACGAAGAGUUGCGUGAUGUGAUGGUACGUUGACGAAGAGAAUAUCUGGAAUCGGAAUGAAUAUGAUUCCAGAAGAUGCAAGUGCGAGAGCUGAAGAGCGCACGAAAGACGGAGAAUUGGCUGCUUUGGAAAUGACCAGCCGGCCCGCCCGCUCAUCUUUCGAACUGUACACUACGACCGACACAGAUUCCUCCAAAACUACCGCCAACAGCACCACAUCAGACGAAGACACCACGUCCGGAUUACUAUCUAGCUUACACGAUGUCCCCCGUGAUACCGUGGGAGCCCAACGAGUCUGGCGCAAUUUCGUUCUCUUUUCUGUCCUGGUCGCGGCUGUGCCCUCCGCUGCGUUGGCCUGUUUAGCGCUCGCCUCGGCACGGUUGGGGUCCAUACUGGGCUCCUGGCAGUCCAGCGUCCUUUACAUCACCUACACAAGUUCCGCCGUGUUGGGUCUUACUUCGUGGACUGGCAAACGGUUGGGGAGUAAACGUGCGGUAACUGUCGGAAUGAUAUUGUUUGGGGCCUAUGUUGCUAGUUUUGGGUUGUCAACCGUGCAUCCUCAAUUUGCCCAAGCAUGGGCACUAUCGGGUGCCGCCCUGGGAGGAGUCGGAGCGGGCGUGUUGUGGACUUCCCAGGGGGUGUACUUUACGCAAGCCUCGGAAGAUUACAGCUUACGGGUUGGACAAGAUUGGGAAGCGUCGACCAGUUUGUUGGGUGGUAUUUUUGCAUUUGUCUUUUUGGGGGGAGGAAACCCAAUCAUGGGUAUGUACCGGGUCCAUGAGUAUCCCACCGUCUUUGACGACUCGACGCAACCGUGUUCUACCUUUACCGCGACGGUUUCGCUGUUACUUCGCGACGCCAAGAUGAAGUACAUGAUUGGCUUGAACGCGGCAUUCGGAUUUUCCGGAGCCUUUUUGAAUUCGUUCGUGUCGGGCGAAGUGGUCCCGAUGGCCUUGCAGGACUCCAAUUCAAGCUAUGUCGGGGUACUGGUGGCCCUUCACGGAGGCGUUGCGGCCCUCGCUAGUGUAGGCUUCAGUCGCAUGGCCCAACACACAGGAAAAGGCCCGAUUCUCAUUUUAGGGGCGGUGGCCUUUGCGUUGGUAGCCUUGCCGUUUCUAUGCCGGCCCGCAUUGGAGUCGUGGAACUGGCAGCUACUGGUCGCCGUCUACUCUUUGCAAGGCAUCGGUAGGGCCACCUUCGAAGGCACUUUGAAAGCUACGUUUGCCGAUUAUUUUUCCUACGAGAAAGAGGGAGCAUUCGCGAAUAUAAUUUCGCAAAACGGUCUAGCCAGUGGGAUUGGCUACGGCUCGUUGUCGCGUCUUAGUUGUUCCUCACCAAGCGCGUACUGUAUCAAAUACCGAGACAAUUCGCUACACAACCUGUUUGUGUUGGCAUCACUAGUGGUGGCAACCAGCGCCUUGGCGAUUCUUGGCUACGUACGAGCCGCAUCCCUCUUCAGGGCCGAAGGAGAAGGACCCGAUCCCCUGGUAGAAUACCAAAAACGUUCUAUUUCUUCUUAUUGUAAUUCGUGGCUUUCCACCAAUGGUUCGACAAUAAAUCGGCAAACCUACCAAACCUUGAAUGUAUCUGAUACCGAAAGGGUAAUUGAUAAAGAUGAUGCUACGCGAGGUUUACCAGAAGUUUCGUAA